UCGGUUGAGAACGGUGGUUCGCUCGUACGGGUCGCGUAUCCUAGCGGAUUCUUGUGAGAUAAUAAUUAUUUCCGACUGCACCGGUGAAUAAUCACGAGCGAUUCACCAUGGCGGACGAGGAUAAUAAUUGUGAUGAUGGUGAUAUGAAAAUAUCGCAGGGAAUGCGGCUCCGUGGCCGGAAGGGUGCCCUGAAGAAGAAGAAUGUUUACCUGGUGAAAGAUCACAAGUUUAUGCCGAGGUUCUUCAAGCAGCCAACGUUUUGCUCACACUGCAAGGACUUUAUAUGGGGCUUCGGUAAACAAGGCUUCCAGUGUCAAGUAUGCAGCUUCGUGGUUCACAAGAGAUGCCACGAAUAUGUCACCUUUACCUGUCCCGGGGCGGACAAGGGUGCAGAUUCCGACGACACGCGUACAAAACACAACUUCAAAAUUUACACAUACUCGUCACCGGCGUUCUGCGAUCACUGCGGUUCUCUUCUCUACGGGCUAAUCCAUCAGGGCCUCAAGUGUCAAGCAUGCGACAUGAACGUGCACAAGCGAUGCGAGGAGUCUGUGCCGAAUCUUUGCGGCUGCGAUCACACCGAGCGCCGUGGACGUAUCCAGCUCUCCGUGUCUUGCCAAGGGUACAAACUUACCGUCGUAGUGAAGCAAGGUCGAAACUUGAUCCCUAUGGAUCCGAACGGCCUGUCUGAUCCCUACGUGAAGUUGAAGCUUAUUCCGGACUCGGACAACGUUAAGAAAAAAACCAAGACCAUUCGUAGCACACUUAACCCUGAAUGGAAUGAGACCCUCGUUUUUGAUCUUAAACCAGAGGAUAAAGAUCGACGACUCCUCAUUGAGAUAUGGGAUUGGGAUCGUACUUCCCGCAAUGAUUUUAUGGGAUCUCUCUCAUUCGGGAUCUCCGAAGUAAUGAAGGCACCAGCUGAAGGCUGGUUCAAGCUCCUCACUCAGGAGGAGGGUGACUUCUACAACGUACCUGUACCAGAAGAAGGAGCAGAUCUCGCUCAACUGAAGACCCAGAUGAAGACCACUAACUUGGGCGCUCGUAGACCUCCUCCACCGCCGGAUAGGGAAGUUCCGCAUAAUAUGGCGGCUGCUGAUGUUAUCCGAGCGACCGAUUUCAACUUUAUAAUGGUGCUCGGGAAGGGGUCCUUUGGAAAGGUAAUGCUGGCUGAGCGUCGAGGAACAGAUGAGCUCUACGCCAUUAAGAUCCUGAAGAAGGAUAUUAUCAUCCAGGAUGAUGAUGUCGAGUGUACGAUGGUGGAGAAGCGAGUGUUGGCGCUAAGCACUAAGCCACCUUUCCUCGUGCAAUUGCAUUCCUGUUUCCAAACUAUGGAUCGACUGUACUUCGUAAUGGAAUACGUGAAUGGUGGAGACUUGAUGUUCCAGAUCCAACAAUGUGGCAAGUUUAAAGAACCAGUCGCCGUUUUCUACGCCGCUGAAAUUGCUAUCGGCUUGUUCUUCCUCCACUCUCGUGGCAUCAUCUAUCGUGAUUUGAAACUAGAUAACGUCCUUUUGGAUCAAGACGGCCAUAUCAAGAUCGCUGACUUUGGUAUGUGCAAGGAGGGAAUCACCGGCGACAAAACAACUAAGACCUUCUGCGGUACCCCAGAUUAUAUCGCCCCAGAGAUCAUUCUGUACCAGCCGUACGGGAAAUCAGUAGAUUGGUGGGCGUAUGGAGUGCUUUUGUAUGAAAUGCUUGUUGGUCAACCUCCAUUUGAUGGAGAAGAUGAAGAGGAACUUUUCGCGGCGAUCACGGAUAAUAGUGUUUCAUACCCAAAAACACUAAGCAAGGAAGCAAAAGAUGCUUGCAAAUCCUUCCUUACGAAGAAUCCCCAAAAGCGUCUCGGUUGCGGCAUGCGAGGGGAAGAGGACGUCCGCACUCACGCAUUCUUCCGUCGCAUCGACUGGGCCAGAGUGGAGGCCAGGGAUGUUCAACCUCCGUUCAAGCCUAAAAUCAAACAUCGCAAGGACGUGUCUAACUUCGAUAAGCAGUUCACUCAGGAGAAGACGGAACUGACUCCGACAGACAAGCUGUUUAUGAUGAAUCUUGAUCAGACCGAGUUCAUGGGCUUUUCCUUCCUUAACCCGGAGUAUGUACAACAUGUGUGAACUUGCAGGGUCGUCUUAUUGCAUCAUUGAAGCUAACUCAAGCGCUGUCCUGACGGUGGCCUCUGAACUUCAUCUAUCGACUCUCUCUGUCACUCUUAAGGCAUACGUCGUUUGCUGUCUCGUUCAUCGUAUAAUCACUUCGUUUCAGAUUCGAACUCUGACUUGUUUAGUCUUUAAGAGUGAAGAAGUUUAUUUAUUCCAAUUAAGGAAUUUGAGAGAAUAAUUUGCUCAUUUCCUCGUAGUUUUUAAUUAAUUCACCUGAGUAUUACUCAAGUAUUGUUUCAUCCAUCCAAUGCGACAUGACUUUAUAGUUGUGUAGUUAUUGUUUUGAAACGCAAUAAAUAUCAAUGUUUAUCUCAACGAAUUAUCCAAAGCAAUAUUAUGUGGAUGUAAAUCGUCGUUAUAAUUGUACCUAAUGUUAUUUAGAAGAAUUGCUCUCUAUUAUUUAUAGUCUGUAUAAGUGGUUACUCAUUACUUAUUUAUAUUUAAUCUGUGUCAUAAACCAUAGAUAAAAAAAAUAUUCAACAAGCUUCCAUUAUUGAAAAUAUCUUCCACUAAUGUAACAAUGUUUUGACAGUUAUUUAUACUAUUUACUUGAUUUUUUAUUAAUCGAGAAAUAAAAUAGUUUUUUUAGACAGACUUUUUAAAUAUCAUAAUCUUGGGGCCACUUGAUAACAUAGUAAAUAUAGGAAGCUAUUAUUUUCACACAACUAAUGACGAAAUUAUACAAAGUAAUUUUGUCCGUAAACACGAAUAAAUAAAAUCUAUAUUAGCGCGUACAUUAUGAAAUAUCAUGUAAUUACUUGUGUGAUUGAGGUUUCGGUAUAAUUUCUCAUUCACAUAUCAGUGUUUGUAAUUAGAAUGAUAUUGUAUGUCGUGUCGUGUGGAUGGCGCCAAGCUUAGAGCGUUUCAAUCGAUCUUGAGCUUUAUUACUAUGACAGUAUAGAUCAUUCAUCUUUCUGCUAAAUUUUAAUAAUUUUGUUCUACAAUCUGUGAGGCAAUUAUCUAUUUUCUUUAAUUAGUAAUUAAAUCGAGUGAAAUUGAAUCUCUAUUCAAAUAUGUAAUUGUUAUUUAUUUUUAUUGUUAGUUAAAGAUAUUUUAUUACAUGACAUUAAUUUUUUUAAACAUUUUAACGUUUAAUUCGCGAAUACGGCUGUACUGUGGCUGUCAUUAAGUUUUCAUUGUCUAUGGUAUUAUUUAAGUUUGUUUGUUGUUUAUGCAUUUAAAUAAUUAUCACACACAUGUUUCGGUGUGGCUAUGAACGGUAAAAAUGUUUUUAGGUGAUGCCUGUGAAUGGAUUUUGUGUGUACGAGUGUGUAAACGUACUUUCCUUAAAAUUGCGGUAUUGUUAGACGAUAUACCUACCUUACAACGUUGUACCAUUUUGUUGAAAGUAUUGUAUGAGUUUGUAUUAGAUAAAUAAUUUUAUAUUUUUCAUGUUUUCAUUCCAUCGUCUGAUCACACCGCAAAUAAUCUAUUAGAUGUUAAUAAUCGUGUAUUAAAAAUAGCCUUACUAACUUUAUUUAUAAUAAAUAAAAUAAAACUACUUAUAAUAAAUAAAUUGUAACCUUGUUAGCUUAAAAAUAAAAUGUGAAUUUAAAUUAAAUGAAAAGCAGUUGAUUCUAAAUUGAAAGUAAUAAAAUGACAUUUUAGAUGUUAUAAUUUUUAUAUAAUAAGUAUUCUUCCAACGGACGUUAUUGGAAAACCAACCUUACCGAGAAGGGAUUUAGGUAGUUUUUCUUUUGGUUUUUUCAAUAACGUUCAUAAUGCCGGUUAUGACUUUACCGAGUUUAAUAGUUUCGGUGUAACGGCUUUCUUUAUUCUGUAUUUUAGGUGUAAUAUUUAAUAUUACUUUUUUUAAGCUUAGUAUUAAAUAAGGAUAAUGUGUCGACUCAUUUUCAGAUUAUCCUGUGUAGAGAGACCUUUUAAAAAAUGACAGAUUAAAAAACAAAAAUGCUGUUUGAUAUAUUCAAACAAUCGUUGCGUUUUUGAACACAUUUUUUUUUUAUUUUGUUGAUUAAUAUAUAGUUAUGUUAAAAAAUAUUUUAUUUUAAACUUUAAAAAGGUACUAUAUAUGAACUUAUUAUUUCAAAUUGUAUUCAAAAAACUUGUGACAUUAUAAAAUGCUUUUUUAAAUGUAUUGGUGUUAAUCUUGUAACUUUUGAUUAACAUUCAAAAUUUUUUUUUUUUUUUAAAUGAUUCAGAUAUGAAAAUGUGUCGAUAUAUUAAUUUGAUCAGCUGGAGAGGGAGUCAAGUAGAGCGCAUUUGCGCUUACCCCCAUCCGUGCAUUAUUACAAACACAUAUGUACUUCAACCAAAGACAAUUAAAUACAAAUUUCGGUAUAUUAUAACUUCUGAAGAUUACAUCUUUAAGGUAAAUGUAUUAAAUAGUAAUGACAGAUAUUCACGUCACCGUCAAAAGGUAAUUGAAGAGAAAGAGAAAUUACAUAAACCUACAAAAUAAGUUGAAAAAAAAGUUUUCACUCUAACCAUAGACUAAUUAUAUUUUGAUGUCUACUGAUAUUAUUUGAAUGAUUUAAUUAACAUUUUUAGUCUAUGGUGGAAUGAUAGAGUAUAAAUGAGAAAAGUGUUAUUCAAUAAAAAAUACAUAUCAGGGUAAUAUAAAACAACUAUUAUCUUAAGAAUACUUAAUAUAAUAAAACAUUUUUUGUGCAGUGUAUUGAUAGACAAAUGUUAAUGUUUUUUUGUUGUUGUUAGUACAUGUGUGUUUUAAAUACUAUGGCACUAUCCCCAACCAUCCUUAAAUAUUAAAAACACUUUUAAUAAAA